GGGAGGAGCGAAAACAAAACACAGUGCUCUAGCUCGCUAAACUAGGAGCGCCAUUUUAAAACCAGAAGGGUGUUUAAACCCGACCCGAAUCUGGAAAACAGGUCAAGUCGAGUUGCGGCGAUUGUUUUUUCCUCCCAUCUUACAAACCUCGGAUGGGUUCUGAUAAGCGCGCUAGUCAUGGCUCGGAGUUAUACACCACACUGAAGACGCACGAGUGAGGACUUCACCGCGGCGCUAGUUAGCUUCUAGCUGAGUGGGUCUGGGGGAGGAGCGGGGAUUUUGGGUACAUUUUUUCCCCCCCGAACUAGUUUGUUUAUGUUGUUCCACACGGACAUGUCAUCUUCAAACCAAGAUUUAGCAGACCCAGAUUUGGGUUUGGGGGCAAGCGGAGCCCAAGCAAGUAGUGGGGCUGUUGUGCCAAAAGGGAACAACAAGAGACGAGCACCUGAUUUUGACGAUGACGAAGGAAACAAGUUGUUCAGGUGUGACGAUGACACAGGAGGCUCCAAUGACAAAGAGCGCUUCGCUAGGUUUUUGGAAGAGGAUCAAAGUUUUGCAGAUAAGGAAAAGCUCGCCAGGGAGAACCACAGCGAGAUAGAGCGGCGGAGGCGGAACAAGAUGACGGCCUACAUCACGGAGCUGUCGGACAUGGUGCCCACGUGCAGCGCGUUGGCACGGAAGCCUGACAAGCUCACUAUCUUGCGAAUGGCAGUGUCCCACAUGAAGUCACUGAGAGGGAGUGGCAACAGCAACCCAGACGGCUCUUACAAACCAUCCUUUCUCACCGACCAGGAGCUGAAGCACCUCAUCCUGGAGGCCGCCGACGGCUUUCUCUUCGUAGUGUCGUGUGAGACCGGUCGAAUUGUUUAUGUCUCGGACUCGUUAACGCCUGUCCUCAACCAAUCACAGUCCGACUGGCUGGGCUCGUCACUCUACGACCAGCUUCAUCCCGAUGAUACGGAGAAGCUGAGGGAGCAGCUGUCUACGGCGGAGAAUAACAACGCAGGACGGAUGUUGGACUUAAAAACAGGAACUGUGAAAAAGGAGAGCCAGCAGUCCUCCGCCAGGAUGACAAUGGGAGCCCGGCGGUCAUUCAUUUGCCGAAUGAGGUGUGGCACGUGUCCAGUGGAACCAAUGUCCAUGAACAGACUAAACUUCCUAAGAAAUAGAAACAGGAAUGGUCUGGGUGCAGCAAAGGACGGCGAGCCUCAGUAUGUGGUGGUCCACUGUACAGGAUACAUUAAGUCCUGGCCGCCUGCGGGUGUGUCCUUAUCAGACAGUGAAGCAGACAACACUCAAGGAAGUCGCUAUUGUCUCGUUGCCAUUGGCAGAUUACAGGUGACCUGCUGCCCAGGCGAUACAGACGUCAACAGUAUCAGUGUUCCAGUAGAGUUCAUUUCGCGCCAUAACUGCCAAGGCAUAUUCACAUUUGUUGACCACCGCUGCGUGGCGGCCGUUAACUACCAGCCACAGGAACUGUUGGGGAAGAAUAUUCUAGAACUUGCCCAUCCAGAGGACCAGGGUUUGCUCCGGGACAGCUUUCAACAGGUGAUGAAGCUGAAGGGUCAAGUGCUCUCGGUCAUGUUCAGAUUUCGCUCCAAAUCGAGAGACUGGAUUUGGAUGAGAACCAGCUCCUUCACCUUCCAGAACCCAUUUUCUGAGGAGAUUGAAUAUGUUAUCUGCACGAAUGUCAAUGUCAAAAACACGACUCAGGACCCCCUCAGUCCUAUCCGUUCUCCAGGGGGUUUGCGGCCCCCCUCUCUGGGUCAGAGCGGCUCAAAUGGCCCCCCUGCAGUUCUUAGCCCAGGGCAAGUAGCUACCAGGGCUGUAGGCGGUUUCAGAAGGCAAUUGCAACAGCAACAGCAAGCUGAGCUGGAGGGGGGCAGCGCGAGAGAAAGCCUAUAUGAGGCUGGUCCCAUCACACUCUCACAGCCUCAGAUGCCAGUGCAGCCAGUGACGGCAACCGGGCCGGAGCACAGCAAGAGCAUGGACAAGCAAGAUCUGUAUCCCUCCCUUUUCCAAGGCCCCAGUCAGACAAAAGGCAUGGCCGCCACCUCAACACCAGCAGCCCAAAUAUACCCCGCUGUCAACAACUUUAACGCCGGUCGCCCCACAGAUGCAUACAACAGGCCGGCCAGUAUGGCGCCACAGAUGGCACAGCCAGCCCACUCGGCAGGGCAAAUCCUGGCCCAGAUGUCCCGUAACAAUGGCGCCCAGCAGCCUGUUACUCCCUCUAGCACUAGCAGUCCUCUGCACGGAGGACCUGCAGGAGGAUGGCCUGGUCCCGGAGCAGGCGCCGGAACGCAAUUCAAUAAUCAGCAAGUGGCUCCCCAAGCAGCAAAGACCAUGUCCCCACCAUUUGCUUCCAUGGGUGGAUUUGGAGGCGGUUCUUCCAGUUCUUUUGGCCAAAUGCCCACAGGUGCGGCCCCGAGCCAGACCAGCGGUGCUAACUACCCACAAAUCAAUGCGCGCGCCAACAUCAACACAAACAGUUAUGAUGGUUCUCAAUCGCAGUUCCCAUCCCGAGCAACGGAGGCAGUAUGGCCUCAGUGGCAGGGCCAGCAGCACUCACAGAGCAAUGCAGAGCAGCACCCUCAUGCGCAAGGCAAUCAGCAAGACAUGUUUACUGACGUGUUGUCCAUGCUGGACCAGCCCGCCAACUUCAACAGCGAAGAUUUUGAUAUUCCCAUGUACUCCUCAUUUAAUGAGUGACUGCAACUCUAUAGUACACCCCACCUUGACCUGACUUCCCCCCGCUUUGCUACUUUUCACUCUGAGAGCAGCUGUUUUUGCCUUUUUGCUCUGCUCCCAUCUCACUGCUCAACAAGGAGCCACGGACAAUCCUGAGUGCAGGUAAGGGAACGAAGAAAAGAGAAAUCAACGGAGGGCAGCCAUUUUUUCCUACCAAAAAACAUGGGGAAUUGAAUAGAUGAUGUACAGUGAUCCCUCGCUUAUCGCUGUUAAUGGAGACCAGGACUCCUCGCGAAAGGUGGAAAACCGCAAAGUAAGAUUUGUAUCGACCCCACCCGACCGAUGUACUGUCUACAGCAUGUACAUGUAUGUGUAUAUAGUAUCAAUAAAUACCUAACAUUUAAGAACAUUUAAAAACAACAUAAGAUGUGAAUUGAAUGAAUACUGUACUGCAUAUUUACUUCGGCGGAGUUGGGGUUCGUCUCGACUAGCUGAAGCUUCUGCAGGAGACUAAUGAAGGUUUCCGACGGACGAGGAACAUUAUGAUGGGGAGUUGAUGAGAUUUUUUUUUUCGUUCGAGCCAAGGUGCUCUUGUAUCACGCCAAAAAGGUUACUGAACUCGACAGCUCUGACCAUGUUGUCGUCCAUUUCUUGGGCCUUUUGUUGAACAGCCCGUACCCUGUUGCACAGCUUUUGCAGGUUACAGCCAAGAUAGAGCCACUGGUAUCGAUUUCUUUGUCGUUCCCUUCUGCUCGGAAUUGUGAUCCAUAACGCAAUAUUCAUUUUCACAGUUGUCUGGUUCUGCGGCGUCACAACACGCAUCGGAUUAAAAAUAUCAAAGCCGUUUUGCGGAUCUUUCUUCAUUGUGUAGCGUACUGUCUACUCGCUCAAACCGUAAUGGUGUGCCAUAGACUUCACUAUCAGUUGACGAGACAGCUCCAACAGUCAUUGCGCCACGGCUUCCCCAGGCAGAGCGUUGUAGCAGCUUUCACUGCGAUAAACUCAAACACGCUGCGUUCUAAAGCCGAAUUUAGGUGGAAACAAGACUGAAGUUUUAGUGCAUAGAAGUAGGCAGGUGUGUCUGAGUGAUUUGGUCGGGGAUUCAAGGUAAUUAUUAUACAAAAUAGCACCAUGCAUGCACUUUGAAACAUUGUGGGGGAAAAAAAUCAUUCUAAAUGGGAAAAGUCUAUUAAAAUUUAGUAAAAUGAAUGAUAAAUGCCCGUUUUUUUGUUUUUAACUAAGAAUCUAUUCUAGAUUGUUUAACAUUCCUAUCUAUAGAAAUUCUGGGAGUUACGCAUUUAUUUACAAUAACUUUCAAUUUAAAAAACUCUUUGUUUUGUGAUGGCUUCCAUGUUGGAUUUUGUAUCCAUACACAAUAGCGUAACUUUACGUCCAAAUAAUCAGGUAAUUUACGGCCAAAUGCCCGUUUUGUGGGCAAAAAACCCCUAGUAAUUUAGACAUUUCUGCAGCCAUACAAAAAACAAAUUCGGCUUUUACGUAUUUUAUGUAACAUUUCAAUCUGAAAACAAACAAAAAUGAAUGAAAUGAACAAAAAAACAUUUUUAUAAUGGCGUCAAAACUAUUUUAUGAACAGAUCAUGUGAAUAGCACCUUAGACGGUCAUUUGCUUUGCAUAUAGUUUUCCAAAAAAAAUUAAGGGAGGGCAAUUAUAUUUUUCAAAUGAUUUUUUUUCUUUGAAAAUAUUUUUUUGAUUGGAGCAACUUUUAUGGGAUUGAAUGAUUUAGACAUAAAUGUCCUACCCAUAAUAUAGCCCAAAUACAAAAAGGAUUGCUUCAAUCAAAUAAAACUUUUUCAAUGAAAAAUUAAGUGUUCAAAUGCAAAAUUUUCAAUCUCAAAUAUUUUUUCGCAUUCAAAAACGUUUUCUAUGAUUGAAAUUUUUCUUUUUUGAUUGAAGUGAUUUUUGUUUUUGAAAAUAUAUAUUUUUUGAAGCACCUUAUUUUUUUAUUGAAUAAGACAAAAAUGUCCUUGCCAAAAUGUGGCCCAAACACAAAUCAACAUUACUUCAAUCAAAAAAGUUGUAAUCAAGGAAAAAUAGCUUUCACAUUCAUUCCUUUGAGUUUCAAAUUUAUUUUUGCAUUCACUUUUUUUUUUUUUUUGAUUGAAGCGACUUUUUUUCAUUGAAAAUAUAUAUUUUGAUUGAAACAACUUUUUUUUUUUUAAUUGAAGCAACUUUUUUUGGGAUUGAAUAAAAACGACACAAAUCUACCUCCAUAUGGCUCCGCCCAGGGGAUACAAUUUUUGACUGGGGUAACUACAUUGGCACGACACCGGCGGGCGUACCAUAUUCAAUGGUUGACGAUCUUGGCGAAAAGCAUUGCCUAAGCAGUCUGAUUUAGAAUUCCCCUCAAGAAUGAUGGGAAACAAAAAAGCCUCAUUGUCAACUUAUUAUUAUAAAUAUUCUUGUAAGUUAAUUUUUUUGCUGACACUGCAUUUCGGGGUCAUCAACAUGUUGUGCCCCCACUGCCCAAAAAGUCAAACUCCGCCUUUGGUGCUGAGGCAAUAGUAACUUCGGAAUUCAACCUGAAAAAGUUGUGAUUGUACUUUGGUACCUCGACAUACGAUCGCUUCGACACACGAUCUUUUCGACAUCCGACGUAAAAUUUGACUUUUUAAAAAAAAUCACGCGAUGCACUAAAGCCGCAAAACAUGAAUCCCGAAGUAGCGAGGGAUCACUGUGUGUGUGUGUGUGUGUGUGUGUAUAUAUAUAUAUAUAUAUAUAUAUAUAUAUAAAAUCUAAAUGUCUAAAGCGUGUUGUGAGCCAAUGUCGCCAUUCAAUAAAUAAAAUAUUCUGUAGUCAAUGGAAGGCGUACUUUGAAAUGGCUAUAGAUUGCUCCAUUUUCAAACGACUUGCUUUGUCAGAAACAUCAGAGAUGCAGUAAAUUUACUGCAUACUUAAAGGGAACCUCAGACUUUCAGACUUGUAGGCUCUAAUAAGCUACAAUUUUUCUUUUACUAAAAUAUGUCAUUAGAAACACAUACAAUAUUGCCAUUGAUUUAUUUAGUACAUGUUUUGACCUACAGUGGGCGCCAUGUUUUAUUGACACUCAGGGUAAUGACGUAGAUUGUCACUGUAACUCGACGAAUACUACCGGGUAACUGCAAUUCCCUCAGUGCGGCGAGACGUCAAACACAUCCGCUCAUUGGUUAAAAGCAGCUAGUAUUUACUAUUUGUUUUUAUUGAGUCUUCUGUUACGUUUUCAUUGCUUGAAAAUACUUUUUACAUGUUUCCCUCUCAUAAUUUUAAGCAUUGUGUUUUCUUGUGGUAGCUUUAAAGCAGACUGUUGAUUUGUUGACAUUAGUCACGUAGCUUAUUUAAACCACCCUAAUGUGAUAUUACCAGUGUUGUUAAUCUUACUUUAAAAAGUAAUUAAUUACAGUUACAAAUUAUUUCUCCCAAAAAGUAAUUGAGUUAGUAACUUAGUUACCUGAAUGUGAGAGUAUUUAGUUACUUGGCAAAGUAACUUGUGUUACUUUUUUUUU